UUUUGGUUGUUGUUCCUGCCUAUGUUCGGGAAGCCAGACAAAAUGGACGUUCGGUGCCACUCGGACGCCGAGGCGGCCCGGGUCUCAAAGAGCGCGCACAAGGAAAGCCGCGAGAGCAAGGGCGCCGAGGGGACCCUUCCGGCCGCCUUCCUCAAGGAGCCGCAGGGCGCCUUCUCGGCGUCCGGACCCGCUGAAGAUUGCAACAAAAGUAAAUCCAAUUCCGCCGCCGACCCGGAUUACUGCCGCCGGAUCCUGGUCCGAGAUGCCAAGGGGUCCAUCCGCGAGAUCAUCCUGCCCAAGGGCCUCGAUCUGGACCGGCCCAAGAGGACCCGCACGUCCUUCACUGCCGAGCAGCUCUACCGGCUGGAGAUGGAGUUUCAGCGCUGCCAGUACGUGGUGGGCCGCGAGAGGACCGAGCUCGCCCGGCAGCUCAAUCUUUCCGAGACCCAGGUGAAGGUCUGGUUCCAGAACCGCCGCACCAAGCAGAAGAAGGACCAGGGCAAGGACUCGGAGCUGCGCUCGGUGGUGUCGGAGACCGCGGCCACGUGCAGCGUGCUGCGGCUGCUGGAGCAAGGCCGCCUGCUGUCGCCGCCCGGGCUGCCAGCGCUGCUGCCGCCUUGCGCCACUGGCGCGCUCGGCUCCGCGCUGCGCGGGCCCAGCCUGCCCGCCCUGGGCGCAGGCGCCGCCGCAGGCUCGGCCGCUGCCGCGGCCGCCGCCCCGGGCCCUGCGGGCGCCGCGUCUCAGCACCCACCGGCCGUGGGCGGCGCUCCGGGCCCGGGGCCCGCGGGGCCGGGGGGACUGCACGCGGGAGCGCCGGCCGCUGGUCAUGGCCUCUUCAGCCUGCCGGUGCCCUCGCUGCUCGGCUCGGUGGCCAGCCGCCUGUCCUCCGCCCCGUUGACCAUGGCUGGUUCGCUAGCCGGGAAUUUGCAAGAACUCUCGGCCCGAUACCUGAGUUCCUCGGCCUUUGAGCCUUACUCCCGGACCAACAACAAAGAAGGGGCUGAGAAAAAAGCGCUGGACUGAUUUUAAGUGUCUGCCUGUAUUUAUAUUUAUAGUAUCUAUUGUGGUGAUAUUUAUGGACAUGCGUCAGGCGCCCAGGGCUCCUGUGCUGGGCUCCCGGCUCCCAGCAGGCCUCCGAAAGCUCUCUUCCCCACCAGGCUCUGCUGCCGAAUUCGUCUCAUUUGGCCACUUUUUAUUUUAUUUUAUUUUUCUACUUUUACUCCGUGCCCCCCCCCCCAACCCAACCUCCUUCUGCAAUUCAGGAGCGAUCCAAAGAAUUGGGGGAAAAUGCCUGAAUUAACCAACCCGAUGCCCCCGGCCAGUGCCCAGCCCUGGAGGGCCAAGCCUGGAUUCCAAGCCCGGAGCCCCGACACCUGCUCCCGCAGCCGCCGCCGCCGCCGCCGCCGCCACUCAUUGUUCCUGUGAAUGUUUGAAAGAGGAAAGCCGCGCACAGCGCCCCAGGGCUGAAAAGGCUCGCAAGUUUGAAACCAAAAAGAGGAGGCUCCUUCCUCUUGCUGAGAAAUCAGGGAUGUGGGGAGCCCCUGCCCCUCCCCACCCCGCUCUGCGGACCCUGGGCAUUGUCGGUGCCACGCAGCUUCCCCGCGCAGCGCGCCCCGCCGAGCCUCGCGCCGGGUAGGGGAACUCCAAUCACAACCAACCCCGAUCCCAGGAAACAAACGGAAGGUCGAGGUAGGCCGCGGGGGCUCUGCUAUUGAUGGACUCGACGGUCAGGUAAGAGUAAGAUGCCGUAAAACCAGAGGCAGCGGAACCUGGUUUUGAACAACCGCGUUUGGAAAAAGCGUAAGAAAAUCCAGGAUCGAGAACGCGCCACAGGCGAGGCGAAGUUGAAGUUCUGGGCUCUGUGACUUCGGAAAGGAAUUUCAAGGGGAAAAGCAAAAGGGAAGCCAAAGCUGCUCGUGACCGAAGAACUCGGCAUUUGUUCUUCGAGGCUGCUGGAGGCAGAGGCCGACGACUGCCGGCUCCUCGCCGGCAGAGCCAGGCUGCUCCAGGCGGCCGCCUGGGCGCCGGUGCCUCGCCCCGCAGCCCCCCAGGGCAGAAUCGCUGGGUUUGGGAAGGAGUCAGCGCCCGUUGCCUCCUCGCCCGAGCUCCCAGAUUCCCAAGAUCCACAGCAAACGCCUGGACUACGGAGCCAUUCCCGGAGGAGGUAGGGGCGCCGCGGGGGAGCGCGUGGCUGCUCGGCCUCCGAUCUCCGGGCUCUGUGCGCGCGCAGUUCCCCGCAUGGCCGAAGGAAAGGCGUCGUCCCCUGCUUCCCACUCCUAGGGACUCACAGGUCCGGAGUCAGAACCGGGAGAGCAACGACCACGGUCCCCACAGCCACAGCCACAGCCCCCCGCAUUUUAACCAAAACCGCAGACCCAGCCUGCGAGGUGCCGCAGUGUCUCGAAUGUAUUCCUCCAUCCGCAGCAAACGCAACACAUUUUUUUAAAAUAGUAAUUUUAUUGUAAAUUAUUUUACAUCGGAAGCUUUUUCCCCUCCUUCCCCGCCCUCUCCCUCCCUCUUCCCUUUUUAGGCAAAUAGUGAAGAAAACAAUAAAUGAUUCAAACGCGGGUAGGUGUCACGGAAUCCUGGCUACUAACUUUGUUCUGAAUGCUUUGGGUAUUUGGAUGUUUUGUAUUUAUGUGGUGAGAGUGAAAUAUAUAUAUCUAUGA